AUGGCGCGCACAUCAAAGGGUUUGGAGGAUUGCCGAUUGACACAUUAUUCAGAAAGUUAUUGUCAAAAUGGCCGGGGUGGUCUUAGAAAACUUGAGCAAUAGAAAACUUUCGAUACUUGGAGUGUCGCUUUUGUUGGUCCUUGUGGGGUUUUUCCUGAUCGGAGGAAUCAUAGCACCAUCACCAUCCAAUGUCAUCAGUGCACUGACUGUGAAGUGUAUUGACUCUAAGAAGGCCUUCAAUGCUUCCAGUUGGUUCAAUCCUCGUUCAAGCAAGUCAAGAGAUGAAUGUUAUCAAGUCAGUAACUUGAAGGAUGAUAUAAUCCAGAAAAAAAGAGUAGAGGCCAACCAGAUAGUGUUUGCCCAAUGGCUACCGCUGCCCCGCGGUGGAAAACAGCUCGACAUGUCCAGGUGGUUUCAGAACCUCAUCGCAGUCAUACAAAUUGACAUUGGCUACAGUUCUAAGAACCCUAUUGGCCCUGACCCCGUGCUGCGGAUGUUGGCCAGCAUCGCAUACCGUGACAAACACGAAGAUGACUGGAAGGAACUUGCAAGGGCCACCGAGGACCGCCAUCUUGAAUGUCAUCUUGAAGAACAUGAAAAAGAAGAAGGAGCACAUUACCACUGUAAUCUCUUGCCCUUCUUUGAGCUAGGAAGUGUGCACUAUGACUACUACCUGGUCAAUAUCCGAAUCCCGGUGCUGGAGUCCCGAGGCAUUAACCUUGGAAUUGGCGAGAUAGAAGAUAUCCAUGUUGUGGCUAUCCACCAGAAUGGUGGUUUCACCAAGGUGUGGUUCUCCAUGAAGACUACUGUCUUCCCUGUCCUCCUAGCUGUUCUGGUCUGGUUCUGGAACAGAAUACAGAAACUCAGUCGUCUCCCCAACCUGCUGGAAAGGACUCUUUUCUCUCUGGGAAUAAUCUUGUCUAUCAUGAACCUGCCUAUUGAGUGGCUGACCUUGAACUUCAACAUGCCGUACAUGCUGCUGGUGGGAGACAUCCGCCAGGGGGCGUUCUAUGCGAUGCUGCUGUCCUUCUGGGUGAUCUUCGCGGGGGAACACAUGAUGGACCAGUUGGAGAGGAACAAGCUCAGCGUGUACUGGAAACAUCUCGCCGCAAUCAUCUUUGGAUGUGUCUGUCUGUUCGUCUUCGAGAUGUGUGAGAGAGGUGUCCAGCUGACAAACCCCUUCUUCAGUAUCUGGACGACGAAGGUUGGCACAAACCUGGCCUUGACCUUCAUUAUCCUUGCAGGCAUCUCGGCAUGCCUGUAUUUUAUCUUCCUAUGCUACAUGAUCUUCAAGGUCUUCAGGAACAUCAGUGCCAAGAAGGUGUCCCUCCCCCACAUGAGCAGCCUGCGACGCAAGUUCUACACGGGCCUGAUCUACCGCUUCAAGUUCCUGAUGCUGAUAACCCUCUUGUGUGCCGCUCUCACUGUCAUCUUCUUCAUCAUCAGCCAAGUCAGUGAGGGGUCAUGGAAAUGGGGGGAUGAGAACAUCAGCCUAGAGUACACCAGCGCCUUCCUCACAGGUGUAUAUGGAAUGUGGAACGUGUACGUAAUCGGCCUGCUGUGUAUGUACGCCCCAUCUCACAAGACUAUCGCAGAUGAUGCUCCUCUCUUGUUCAAUAUUGGUAAAGAAUCAACCCCAGUACUUGGGCGACACAGUAAACAGCAGUCAGGAGGAGGAGGAGGUGCAGCUGACGCAGAUACCGUCGGAGGUAUCAGCCCUGUCAUCUUUUGUAUCCAAAACAGCAACGGACUGAAGUGGCCCUUACCCAAGAUCCUCUAGCAGCCCUGGCCUCUCCACAGUGCUAACUCGGACAGGGAACAGUGUCCCAGCUCUAGACUCCGUUCUUACAACUUGUGAUAUGUGUCUAUAUUUUGUCAAUGGCUUACAGUUACCAUGGUUACUUUGGUAAUCAUUCUACAAACAUUUUUGUCAUAAGCCCUUUACUGUUGUCAUUAUAGCUUCAUUUGUUGAAAGCUCGGAGGACAAGUUUACAAGAAUUAUGUGUAUCAUGGUCAGACCUGAUCCAAAAAGAACAUUUUCUUAACUGUCAUUUGUAUUAAAAGAAAUCUGUCGGGUACAGAUUGGUCAGUUACGUGGGAAGACAGUUGAGAAGUAAUGUAAUUGUUUUCAAAAUCAUGAAAACCUAAACAAAAUUGUGUUACCAAGUGUAACUGAUCCGGUCGGUCAUUGUGCUGAAUGCCUCAUACACUUACAUAGUCAGAGUAUGUCAGAUUGCAGAUGUUUCAGGAUGCUGCAGGGGGCCCAACUGGCCCAGCCGGGCUGCAAUUCGGGCAGAGUUGUGUCUAUUGGGCUCGCCAGAAACCUAAGACUGGGUUCGAAUCUCGGUUUGCCCCAUUUAUGUUUCUAGGUUUGUCAGCACCAUACGCGUGCUUGUGGAUUUCACAAAAGCAGUAAACGUCUGAGACCUGCAUCACUUCAGGUUUUCCUUCCACAUUAAGCUGACACGCCACGAUAUGACUUGAAUACUGUUAAAAGCGGUGUUUAACCCAACCCACUCCUGAUGCAACAUGAUUCCUUAUUUAAAACAUGAUAAAAAGUCAUAAUGAAAGUUUACUUCUUAACAUGAUCAAAACCUGCUGGUACUUAAAUUGCUAUGUUGUACAUUUCUGUAUUGGUACAUUGUAGUUUAGAUGCCUGUGUUUAUAUAUUUUAUCCACAUAAUCAUGCUGCACAUUUUUGGAGCAUGCUGCACAUUUUUGGAGCAUGCUGCAUGGAUUUUACCUAUAUGUAGAAUACAUCCAAUAUUUCCCCUAUAUAUUUGUAUGCAAAAUAUGUUACAUAUUAAAUAUUUGUGCUCUUGUAACAGACAGGGUGUUUCUAAUAUUGUGUAUUUAUGAUGUUUUUCUUCAGCAUUUAUGCAUCAAUGAAUUACAGAUCCAAGGUAUUUUUAAGCCUGGUUAUUAAAUUGAGGUCACCAGCGUAGGGUUAGUCUACAGUAUGAAUUAUGGAGGGGAAAAUGUGUUACCAUUUCAUGGGGUUAAAUAAAGCAAUUAAUUGACCAAUCAAUAAUUGAUCAUUACAAUGACCAGUUUCAAUUUGAUUUCAAAUAAGAAAACAAUUUUUCUUCAUGUUGAUGUGUUUUUCUGGCAAUUAUGUAUUGAUGUUUUAUUGAUCAGGACUUAUUCAGUAAUUGAUCAAUCUUUGACUAUGACUGAAAGCAGAUGGAUAGCCCAGUGGACAUGUGGAAUGCACAGGUUCAAAUCCCCUCAUGGUUACAAUGUGUGAAGCCCAUGUCUGGUGUCCCCUGCUCUCAUGCGUUAAUAAUGAUUGAUCAACAUUAUUGAGCCCUAAAAUGGCAUUGCUGCUCAUCUAAUCUCACAGACGUGAGGGGGGCGGGUGGCCCAGUUGUCGCGAUUCGCUGUGCAGAGUUGCGUCCCUUGGGCACGCCAGAAACCUAUGAUUGUGGGUUCGAAUCCCGCUUCACCCCGAUUAUGUUUCUAGGUUUGUCAGCACCAUACCCGUGCUCGUGGGUUUCACCGAAAUGGUAAACAUCUGAGACCUGCAUCACUUCGGGCUUUCCUCCCACAUUAAGCUGACAUGCCGUGAUAUAACUGGAAUAAUGUUAAAAGCGGUGUUAAUCCCAACUCACAGACGUAAUCUCACUGGGUACAAUAAUUGAGCUUGUGAGAGUUAUAGAUUGUGUUGUGUGCAUGUUCUACUGAAUAUUGGCUCUCCUAAUAUGCGUGUUUCUCAGAAUAUUUACACUGGGAAUUAAAUAGGCACAAUUAGGUAACACUACAUAAAAUUAGGGCUUGAUUGAGUCACGGUAUCAGUGUUUAGGCCAAAAGAAUUUGAAGUGAAAAAAGUAAGCUGUUCUAAGAACUGAAAAUGAAUGAGAUAACAUUAAUUGACUUACAUCUUGAUUUUGGGAGUAUUUGAUAUAUUUGUGUCAAGUGUUCGAUGUUAUGAAGGGGGCGUCUGUCGCCCAGCACUCUUAAGAAGCAGUUGUUGACUGUGCAGUGACAGGAUCUGUUUGUUGGGUAUUCAAAAGGUUGAUUCCCCUCAUAACAAUUCUUGGUCUUUCUGUGCCAUGGACGUGUCUCAUGGUUUACUCUAAAGUUCUUUAACUUUAAGUUCUUCCCACGUUAAGAUGUUUCACCAAGACAGUACUGAAAUACUGUUCACACUCCAAAACACCUUAAAACCCAUCUCUCUGACUCUGUAAUGAGUACGGUCAAAGUAAAUCAGGUGUAUAUAUUUUUCUUGAAAGUGAAGGGGCGGUUGGGUAGCCUAGUGGUAAAGCGUUCGCUUGUCACAUGAAGACCCAGGUUCGAUUCCCAACAUGGGUACAAAGUGUGAAGCCGAUUACUGGUGUCCGACGCUGUCAUAUUGCUUGAAUAUUGCUAAAAGCGGAGUAAAACCAUACUCACUCUUCAAAGUGAUAUUGUGUGGCAAACCGAUGCAGGUUUCAGAAAUGUUAAGUGUCCAGAGUUAUUUAUCAUGGCAUAAUUCAUGAAUCAAUUUUGUCUCAUAAUUUUAUAAAUAAUUAAAGAAGGUAAAAUUCUUGUCCCAUUGGACAUAGGACUUUUGUAAUAUAUACUCUGGUUACAUCAGACUCGGCCUGAUGGUGCUGUGUUCAAUGCCCCCGUCUUAAGUGAAUAGUAGUGAGUAUGUCUGUUUUGGGUGACAAACGUGCAUAAUUUUAGCAUUAUUUGAUCAGCUUUAAAAUAAGCCAAAACUCAGUCGGUGAUAUAUAAGUGGUUUGUUGCAUUUAGAGACUAAGAUCUGUGUAAUGUUUGAUGUAUAUAUCAACUUCCAAAUAUGGAAUUUUCUUACAAUGAUUUCCAUCAUAUUUCGUGUUUUCAGUGUUAUAUUUUACAUACGUCAGUUUAUUUGCUGUGAAAUUAUUGUACUUGAUGUUACUAUGGUAACAACCAAAUACCCAUGACAAAACAGAGCAAUACAAAUUAUAGCAAAUUGUUAAAAUAGUAUGCCUCUUCAUCAAUAUGAUGUUAAAAUCAUUGGUAAUCCUAGGGGGAAUCCCCAAAGGAGGUGAUAUAUCCAAUUGCUUGGUGUCACCUCUGUAUUAGUAUACCGUAUUCAACUUAAUAAGUGCCCAGGGCGCUCUCAAAAUUAGAAAUAGGGGGCUCUUAUUAGAAUAUUAUUUUGG